CAUCAAGUCAGCCGCGACCAUUUCACGAUAUCUGUGAAGUCUCAUAAGGCGCAUGGAUGCCUCCAUCAAACUUGCAUCCUCUUAAGAUAUUAAAUAUCGGUCUGUGCAAAUUUUACGUCUAUUCUACUAACCUCUACCAAUUUCAUGCCUCAACUAUUGAUAUCUGUAUGAGUCACUGCAUUUCUACAAUCCUUGUUUAUCAGGAUGAGAAGUCACGUCAAGACUGAUUCGAACCUUAUUUGAAGAGUUUAAAUGACAUUUCAAAUUCGUCGAAGAAACCUGAACCUAACUCUCCAGCUGCCCAACAAACACAUCGAGUAUCUUCAGGUGGAAGCUGGAAACUAUGAGAGUCUAAAUCGGAUUUCUUGAAUAAAAAUACUCACUAGAACAUGGCACGAACCCGACAAAGCAAUAAACUUUCUGUUGAGGAUUCCUGGCGUAUGGUAGAAGGAGGCGAUAACGACAGCUUCGAUACCGCAAUAGUUCAAGAUCCAUUUGAGGGUGACGCUCUCGUAUUCAGCAGCCAGUCUCAGCCAUCUCAACCAUAUUCAUCACAGGAUUUCAGUGUUGGAUCGCAGGACAGCAUUCACGAUUUUUAUGAUAGGGCCGACGAAGAUAACGUCAUUCGAAGGGCGCCAUUUCAACCCUCGCUUACUCCAAGGAACGUGUCUAUGGACAAAGACCGAACACCUGUUCCUGAAUUCUUCAUGCCAACCCUUGAUGUUGAUAGCCCACCACGGAACAGUCGUCGCUCCUCUAGAAAUACUCAUCCCGCCAUGCAAGAACCACGGGUAACGAGGAGACGAGGUAAUCGUCAAGUAGAUAACGAUUUAACUCCACGAAGACCUGGUGCUCAACAUGACGAGACCAACAUACCUCAGAGACCUUCGCUUGGAUCGAGGUUUAUAUCAUCCGCUCCCGAGUUUCUUUUUGACUUUGCCUCUUGGAUACUCGGCACGAUUCGAUUGGCUUUCCGCUAUGCACAGUGGCCAAUAGCCACCAUGCUCGCCAUUUACCUGAUUAUUGGCGCGUGUAUAAUGGCUAAGGACAUGCUCAUUAACUCUAUCGCUGCACCGCUAGCACCAUUAUGCCGAGUGCCCGGUGUAUCUAUGAUGAGCCUCCCUUUUUGCCCAGAAAAUUUGAAAUCUGGAACGGGAGAUGGCGCGUCGCCGGUUGAGUUCGAAGAGUUAAUGAAUGUGCAAGCUCAAUUUGAGAAGGUGCUUGAGGAUUCAUCUCAGGGCGUCUCGCUGCCAAUGGACAUGAAACGAUCGGAAGCAUCCGUCCGUGACUUACGUACAAUGGUUAAAUUCAGCGAAUUGCCAACUCGCGCAGAGUUAGUACAUGAAUUCGACAACUAUAUCGAAAUCGUCCGCGCCAGCGCCGAUGAUCUGCAGAUGUUCAAUACCCAUGUCGGCAGCGCAGUCGAUAGCGUCAUCAGCAUCAAUCGGUGGACGUCACGAUACAUAGAUUCCAUCGCGCUGAAUCGUGAAGCUAAUGAUAACAUGAUGUCUCGCUUUAGCGGUUGGUUUUUCUCUCCAUUCCAAUCGCCAGGUUUCGACGAGCGUGUCCUUCUCGACAAGUACAUCGAGCACACAGCCUUAGUAUCAGACAAGAUCCAGAAUCUGAUCUUAGAAGGGACUGCUGUAAUGCGCCUUCUCCACCAGGCAGAAGGCAGCCUCGAGCUUAUCAAUGAACAUGUUGUACGCACAGGCAAUGUCGUCAAGGAGAAACAAAACGAGGUUUUCUGGGACGUCUGGACGCUCGUCGGGGCUAACACCCGUCGCCUGCAUAACCUGAAAGGUCAACUGAGCCUUUUACAGCAGGUUGAGACGCAGCGAAACUCAGCGGUCCGGCAACUUAGCAAGUUGAUACACGAUUUGAUGGAUAUCCGGACGAAGCUGAGUGACUUGAGGGAUCGAGUUGCCGCCCCAGAACUCCUAGCUGACACGACGGAUAUACCGUUAACUGUGCACAUUGAGACUAUCAAUGCUGGCGUCGAGAGACUCGAGGCUGCGCGGAGCCGCAUCCGGGCUGAAGAGAAUGAACGAUUGCAGCAGGCUUUACAGAGAUCGAGAGAAGAUGAUCGUUUGAUUGACGGUUGAUAAUAAGUUUACGAGUGAUGAUGGGAAUUGAGGCUGCUGAACAUGGAUAACCGGAGUUUUGGAAUCAGUAUGAGUUUGUAAACAGCAUAGGAUAUGGAUAGCGGGU